GUCUCUUAAUUCCCUCUGCUCGCCGACGCCGCAGCACAAGGAGAAGCACGAGAGGAAGAAUAAGGGGCGGUGAAACUAUGGCGACGGGAAAAACAGUGAAGGAUGUCUCCCCGCACGAGUUCGUCAAGGCCUACGCCGCGCACCUCAAGCGCUCUGGCAAGAUUGAGCUGCCUCCAUGGACAGACAUUGUCAAGACCGGGACCUUGAAGGAGCUUGCUCCAUAUGAUCCUGACUGGUACUACAUCAGAGCCGCUUCCAUGGCAAGAAAAAUCUACCUGAGGGGAGGUCUUGGAGUCGGUGCCUUCCGUAGGAUCUAUGGAGGAAGCAAGAGGAACGGAAGCCGCCCACCCCACUUUGGCAAGAGCAGUGGUGCUAUUGCCCGUCACAUUCUUCAGCAAUUGCAGACAAUGCAGAUUGUAGACCUUGACGCUAAGGGCGGGAGGAGAAUCACUUCAAAUGGGCAGAGGGAUCUCGACCAAGUCGCUGGAAGGAUCACGGUUGCUCUCUAAGUGAGUCACAACUGAAAAGUUCAAUGUUUUUUGAAUCGUGAAGAUAGUUUUGGAAUUGAGUUUUAUUUGAACCCCUCAAGUAGUAGGUUUCAAUUGAUUUCAUCUGUUUAAAACGAUUUCUCAUUUGCCCAUCGUCUCCGUCGACUUGACUAUAAAUUAUGCUGGACUGCAAUUCUGAUUUUUAUUCUAAGUCAAUACAUCUUUUUCCAAUGUC